UAAUAUCGUGAACGUUGCACCCUGAUCUCAGCCCUACAAUUCAGAUGGAAGCAGAAGAUGCAACUCACCCCAAGAAAACGGAGGAGAAAGAACAUAAGGAUCACGCUGGAGAGGCGAAACCGGUGAAGGAGAAGAAAGCGAAGAAGCCAAAGAAGGAGGAGGAGAAGAGCAAAGAGAAGGAGAAUGUUGCGGGCAUCUCUGACGCGACCAAGCUGAUAGCAAAGUUGGAGAAACUCGAUGCCAAAAUUGACGACCUUAAGGCGAAGAAGCAGGCGAUUGUGGCUCGACUCGUCGAGCUUGAGGGGACGGCAGCCACUGGUGCAGCUGCACCACCGGCGACAAGCGGGUGA